GACAAUACACUCGUCGGUAUCUUGACAGCAUGGCCUUUUUGCUGAGGUUUUUGGGGUAUGGAGGGGAGAAGAAACGUUUGGUGGAAAGUCAGUGGCUACGUCGUGGUAAUCCAGAAUUGGACUGGGAGAUCAUGAAUGAACUUGGGGAUGGAGCAUUUGGAAAAGUUUAUAAAGCACAGCACAAAAUUAGCAAAUACCUGGCGGCAGUGAAAGUGUUGGAAAUAUCCUCUGACGAGGCUCUGGAAGAUCACAUCGCAGAAAUAAAUAUCCUGGGCCAAUGCCAGCACCCCAGUAUCCUCAAUCUUCUAGAAGCAGUGUACUGGGAGCGGCAGCUAUGGAUCCUGGUUGAGUUCUGUGCUGGAGGAGCGCUUGAUAGUGUCAUGCUAGAGCUGGGACGUGGUCUCAAUGAAUCUCAGAUCCGUGUGGUCUGUUUACACACACUGAAUGCCCUUCAGUACUUGCACAGCCAUAAAAUCAUUCACAGGGACCUGAAAGCAGGAAAUAUUCUGCUUACACAGCAAGGUGACAUUCGACUAGCGGAUUUUGGAGUGUCAGCUGUGAAUAAGGAAGCACAACAGCGUCGGAGUUCAUUCAUUGGAUCCCCGUAUUGGAUGGCGCCAGAAGUUGUCAUAUGUGAAACGUGUAAAGAUGCCCCGUAUGAUUACCUCGCAGAUAUUUGGUCUCUAGGAGUAACUCUGAUUGAGCUGGCUGAAAGGGAGCCUCCAAAUCAUGAUCUGAACCCUACCCGUGUCUUGCUCAAGAUUAUCAAAUCUCAGCCACCCAGUCUGAAAUAUCGUAAACUCUGGUCUCAGGAUUUUAACAACUUCCUAGAGAAGUGUCUGCAAAGAAACCCUCGGGAUAGAUUUUCUGCAAGUCAGCUUUUAGAGCACCCAUUUGUGCCCAAGGUCACAGACAACCAGCCAUUGAGGGAACUGGUGGCUGAGGUCUUGGCUGAAGUGACGGAGGAAGAAGGGUACCCGAAGACGAAUGGUCAUGACAAUGUGAAUAAUAUUCCCCUUACCUAUCACAACAAAGAAAAAAGUGUGGGGUACAUGAAACAUGAAAAUGUUUCUUCAACGAAACAUAACAAUGGAUAUACUGGAGUAAAUAGAUGUGUCCUAGAAGGGGCUCAAUCAGAAAAGCUAGUAAAACCUAUGGAUCAAGAUGCACCAUUGAGAGCACGUAGAGGGUCCAGCUUCCUGAAACAGAUGCGCAGACGCUCCGCUCCCAUAUUUGCAAGGGAGUCUAGACCAUCUAUGAAGUGGAAGCUUGAUAAUGAGCUUAAAGGAGAAAAGCCUAAGGAAUAUCAUGAAGAGUUGAAGGAGCAAACAUUGCAAAAUGUUCCUGCAGGAUCAAAACAUUCUGAACUGCAUCUUCUUUCAAGGACUUCACAGGAAAAAACAGAAGUGAAGAUGGAUAUUAAAGAAUGGUACCAUAAAGAUGUGAAUGUUAGUGAUGCUGUACAAUCAGACUCCCUCCCUCCAAUUUGUAGGGAAAAUGCAGAAAUCAGUGGAGAUGAGGUGGGCCAGGAGAGCAUAUGUAAAAAUAAUGCUUCUGAAAGCCACAUAAAUAAGGACAAAUCACUUCCCUGCUAUGCAUCCCCAAGAAUGUUGAAAUUAAGAUGUAGAAGUCAUGAAAACCUGCACAUUUCCAAGAAAUUAUUUAGAAGAUGGACAGUGCCAAGGGACAACAAAGUAAAUGCAUGGAAAAGUUCAAAAACAAAACUAAGCAAUGGAGUGAAACACAGCGAGACUGAUGGAGAUAAAGUAGCAUUUUUGCAUAGCAAAGUUGAUUGUCAAACACUCAGGACUUCUGAACAUUUGGAAUCUAGUUCUAUCAAGGAUAAUGAAGAUAACAAUGUCAAAUUGAGUAAGAAAAUGAUAAUCACACUGGCAUCUGAUUCUGGUCAGAUUACAGAUGGGGCCCAACAAAAGGUGACUCAAGAAAGAUGUCCCUUGACUAAAAAGUCCAGGAAAUCAACUGAGGGGACUGUUCUACUUUACACCACUGAAGCUUCCUCAAUUUCGAGGGAAGCUAGAGCCUCAGUAAAAUGGAUGGUCAAAAGAGAAGAUAUAGGACUGACUCCUAGAAUUCUCCAGGACUCUUCUACUAAGUCACCAAGUUUGGAAUUGCCUCAGUGUGGUAGUCUUACUUUUGUAGCAGCAGGUGGCAUUACAGAGAAAGAAAUUAUUGAUGAAGGAGGUAUGCGCUCACAUUGUAUAACAAGUAAAAAUAAUACCAUUAAAGAUAAACUGAAUCAGGAUUUACCACUUAAGAAUGUAAGUGAAUGUGAAGAAGAUAAAACAAAGGAGGCAGACAUUGUCAAGGGUUCACCAUGGAGAAGUACCGAAAAUAUAUGUAUUUCUUCCAGGAAGUUAUGUAGGAGGUGGUCAGUGCCAAGUACAAGGUACAAACUAAUCACAAAAGUCCAGACCAGUGAAAAAGACACAGAGAACAAAAUGGAGCAAUUUGAUCUAUUGUCAGGCAAGUGGACCAAUUCACAUACUGUAGAAAAGAAAGUAGUUAGGACAACUCAAAGUUUUGGUUCAGGCUACACUGAGAAGAGAGAGGCAACCACUGGAGAGAGAGGCAGGAAAGAUGACCUCACCUCACUUAUGCACAGGAGAGAUGGACAUAAAAAAAGAUUGCACUUUGCUCGAUGUUCAUGGUCUGUUCAUCUGAAUGACUCCAAUGGAGUAGUAAAUCUGCCAAGACAAGAGGAGUCAACAGACAAAGAAGAGGAAACAGUUGACUUGGACUCGGAUAAAGGCCUUAAUAUGCAGCAGGAGGGAAACCUACCAACUGAACAAAAGGACAAACAAACUAUAUGGAUUACACGGAGGUUCAUUGUAGACGGGAAGGAGGUGAAAGUGUCUUCAUGCAAACGCAAGACUGAACCAAGUGUCCGAGACAUAAAGGAACGCACUGUGAGACGCCAGGAGUUGCAGCAGUUGAGACUGUUGCAGAGAGAAGAAAAGAAAUCUCAGAGUCAGCUAGAACAGAGAAUGCAAAGAGAACGGGAGCUCAUGUUUCGUCAUAUCGAACAAGAAAUCAUAGGGAAGAAGCACUAUUAUGAACGUGAAAUUGAGACCCUGGAAAAACAGAUGGAGCAGGCAAGAGCACGGUGGGAGCAGGAGCACACAAAUCGAAUGCAGCAGGACGCACUGCGCCUGAAAUCUCAACAGCAGAAAGAGAGAACCAAAAAAAAAGCAGAGUUAAAGGAGAAAUGGCAAGAGGAUAAAUGCCUGUUAGAGCAGCAGCAGGAGCUGAAUGCCACUUUACAAAAAGUUGUUGCCGAACACAAAAAGAAAGUAAUGAAUAUUGAGAGGGAGAAUCUCUGCAAAAUCCACAGCUUGAAGAGAGCCCGAGAGUCUGUGAUUUUGAGGCUUGAAGAGCGGCACCUGCACGAGAAAUAUCAACUAUUUCGCCAACAAGUGAAUGAACAAUAUAACUUACAAAAGCAGCAGCUAAACAAGCGGCAUGAAAAGGAAGUGGAAAGGCUGAAACAAUACCAGAACCUCCUUCUGGAUGAGCUUAGAUGCCAACAGUCCCAAGACAGAACACAGAACCAGAAAUCUUUGCGUAGCGAAGGCAGGACCCGUCUCGCCAUGUUCAAGGAAGGAAUGAAAAGUCAAGGAAUAAGCGUGACUGAGCAGAAAGAAAGGAGUAAACAGUUCCUUCUACAGGAAGCUGCCCGGCAAAAGGAACAGACUCAAAAGCAGCAGUAUGAGCAGGAAGAAGAACUUCAGAAGCUCAAACAACAGCUUGAACAGACAUGUAAUGAGUUGGUCCAAAUACAGGAAGAAAAGAUGCAGACUUUGCAAGCACAAAAGACAAAAAAAUUACAGCAGUUAGACUCAGAGCAUAGCAUGGAGGCAGAACAAUGGAAAGUACGCCUGAGAAUAAGUAAAGAGAACUUAGAUACAGAGUUUGCCUUAAGACAGCAGAAGAUCCUAGAAACUGGGAAACAGCCAUGGAAAGAUUCUGAGCGACGCACUUCAUGGUUCUUUCAUUCAUGACCUCAAACACAAUCCAGCAAUCUGUUUCAUGUG